CUUCCCCUCCUCCUGCCUUGUGUUUGUGAGAUCCCAUUUCUGCCUGCCCAGCCUGUGCCUCUCUCUCUUACUCACAGUCGUUCUCACUUAAUCUCACAUUCUUCAGCAACAAUGAAAACUUCCAGGCAAACUACAUACUCAGUGCGCUCCUCCAUUAGUAGCAGGCCUCCUGCUAUAUCAAUCACCCGUACCUCUGCUCCUGUCUACAGGGCCCCCACUAUCCACGGUGGGGCCGGUGGGACCCGCAUCAGUGUUUCCUCCAGCGUCCGCAAUGGGUUAGGAGCUGGGAUGGGAGUGGGCUCUGGAGCAGGGGGCUUCUCCAGCAGCGUCCAGGUGAGCAGCAGCGGAAACAGUGCAGACAUCAUGGGAAAUGAGAAGUUCGCCAUGCAGAACCUGAACGACCGGCUGGCCAGCUACCUGGAGACAGUGAGGAAUCUGGAGCAGGCCAAUCACAAGCUGGAGAUUAAGAUCAAGGAGGCCCUGGAGAAAAGCGGCCCUGACUUCAGAGACUACAGCAAGUACCAAGCCAUCCUGGACGACCUGAGGAAGAAGGUGUUUGAUGCCACCAUCGACAAUGCCCGCCUGGUUCUUAACAUCGACAAUGCUCGCCUGGCGGCCGAUGACUUCAGAGUGAAAUACGAGUCUGAGUUUGCCAUCCGCCAGUCUGUGGAGGCCGACAUCAUUGGUCUGAGAAAGCUCAUCGAUGACACCAACAUGAGCCGCAUGAACCUGGAAAGUGAGAUUGAAGCCCUUAAGGAGGAGCUCAUCCACCUCAAGAAGAACCAUGAAAAUGAAGUUAUGGAGCUUCAUAACCAGAUUGCCAGGUCAGGAGUCCACGUGGAUGUUGACGCUCCUAAAGGACAGGACCUGGCUCAGAUCAUGACAGAAAUAAGGGCAAAGUAUGAGAAGAUGGCACAGAAGAACCAAGAAGAACUAAAAGCAUGGCACGAAUCUCAGAUAACAGAAGUGCAGACCCAGGUCACCCAGAACACAGAGGCUCUGAAAGGUGCCCAGACAGAGGUGAAUGACCUGCGCAGACAGAUACAAACCCUGGAGAUUGAGCUAGAGUCACAGAAGAGCCUGAAAGCCUCUCUGGAGGGCACAUUGAGGGACACAGAGAUGCGUUACAACAUGGAGAUUGAGUCUCUCAACACCAUCACCCUGGGUCUGGAGGCAGAGCUCACACAGCUGCGUAACAACAUCCAGCUGCAGACGCAGGAGUACGAGGCCCUGCUCAACACGAAGAUGAAGCUGGAGGCCGAGAUCGCUACAUACAGACGGCUGCUGGACGGUGAAGAUUUCACGCUCCUCAACGCUCUGGAAGACCAAAGAACAGUGAAGACUAAAGUGAUGACUGUCACGCAGACCUUAGUGGACGGCAAGGUGGUUUCCUCCAGCACAGAAACCAAGAACCUUUGAAUACCAGAAGCAAACACCUGAUACUCCCAACAACCACUGUCACUGCAUCAUAACCCUAACAUGCCUUUGGCCAAAAUUGAUCUUUUUUUUCCAAUGGAUUCUCCUUUCUAUUAGUCAUACAGCACUAACUAUUAGAGUCUCAGCUGAUGCUGUAAUUAGGUUGACUUCCUUGGUAUACAGCUCUUCCACAGGCUGAUAAAAAAAACUGGAUCAAAGGAAAACAAAAUCAUCUUUUAUUUAUUUCAUCAUGAUUUAUUUAUGUUUGUGUGUUGACCUGCAGAUGUGAGCUUUUUUGGAGACAAAAUAAGACUAAUUGAAGACUAAUUAAAUAUUUCAAAGUAAUAAAAGAGUCCAAUUAAAUACAAAACUUUUUAUAUUUCAUCAUCUUUGGUUUUCUUUCUGUCCAGUUAAGCCCGCCUGUUGCGCUGUGAUGUUUAGACAUUUCAAUAAAGUCCAUUCGAGAAAUUUA